AAAAUGGGAUCGUUGCAAAAAUUCAGUGGCGACAGUGACGAUGAGCCGAAAGACCUCCGCGAGUUCAUUGAUCAAGUAUCUCGGCUUUCGUUCAACGAAGACUUCAGACCAGAUUCAGUCAUGUCCUUCAGACCUCCUUCAGUCGCCGAAGUUCCCGCGUUAGACCUCUCGGGCAGCAGCAGUGAUACGUUGGAUGUGGGAAUCGGACCAGAGUUGAGUGAGGAUGACGAACAACCCGAUAGUGGAUUGGGACCAUCGGGUUGCGAUGACUCUGUUGUCACGUCUUCAAAAUUCACUUCACCUGAAUUAACAAGUACAGAAGUAACCAUGAAGCCAACGCCUCCUGUAAAAUCAAAGAAAUCUAGGAAGAAAAAGAAAACAAAAGAAGACGUUUCUAAGAAAGAUGUGUUGGUUGAUGUUUUGCCUCCAGUUCAGCUCCAGAAAAAAAUGGAUCCUGCUUUACUGAUGUCAAAUGCGUCUUCUAAUUGGGACCCCUUUUUGAAAUCGGAGUCUCCAAUUAGUAUUGCUCCGCAGAUAGCAAAGAAAGAAGAUUUAUUGACAGCCAGAACAACAAGUUGCAAGCAAUUAGAUCCUUUGAUUUUGCAGAAAAAGGUAGACAAAUGUUUCGAGUUUGUCGAGGAAGCCUCAGUUUCUGAUUGGCUCACUAGAGCCAAUAAGAAUGCGCUGGCCUUACGUCAGUGGUGCUCUGUUCCGAAUCAGUUUGUUGAUUUCACCCAAUUUUGGCUCGUAAGUUUUAUCGAGUCGCAAAGAGUCGAGCUAUUUGCAAUGGAGCAUGAGAUAUUAAUCGAGGAGCUUACAGUUGGCUUCGCUCAAGGCUUGGACACGAAAAAUAUCACGAAAGAUGAUUUGAAUGCUGUUCUAUGCGUUGCUUUUAGCGAGUACCCCGAUAAGUUUUUUGGCACACACGGCAACAAAUUUUUCAUUGACACUUUGGUUCUUUUGAUGACGGGAAAGAGUUAUAACUACAAAAAAUUACUAUCGGCUGUUCGAUUCAGCUCAACGGAUAAAACUAAACUUCAAAUUGUUCUUUCGAUUCGAGUGUUUGCAAUAUUCAACUACUUCAACGCUAUUUUAGAGUUCUUUCAAAGCUACAGAAAACUGAACAAAGUGGAUCUUUGUGAUUUCAAACGAAUCAGUUUGCCACCGUUGGACUCCUUUAUCAAAGAAGUCGUAUCUACGUGUCUCGAAAAAGAUGCAUUGGCUACACUAGCCUACUUUGUAAGAAUUCACAAAUUUAACCCGAAUGCAAAAGACGACCAACAAAGAAGUCUUUUGUUCCGAGCAGUGGUUGCCCAUGCUAUAAACUGCGUAUCUUGGCUGGUCAAAAAUGUGACAACUCAGACUUUAAACAUGCCUUCAGAAUCAGGCAACACGUGCCUUCACACUGCUGUUUCACUGGGCAAUAUCGCAGUUGCCAGAGUUCUGCUGUCAACUAGCGGUAUAAAAGUAGAUGUAGCCAACCCACAAGCAGGAGGAAUGACCCCUCUGGGUCUAGCUGUGUUUCAAGGUCACCAUUCAGCCUGUAGAUUGUUACUGACCCACGGAGCUAAUCCGAAAGCAUCCGCUCCUAGUUUGCUUCUGGGUGAAGAGGAGCCAGUGCCUCUGGCGCAGUUUGCACUGGACCUCGGACAUCCGCAGAUAUCAUUGCUUCUAGAAAAUUUCGAACCGAAUUAAAUUUGUUCGAUGUAUGGUUUUCUUGGAUUUCAUUCUAUUGCGACUUCAGCUAUGUAAAUAAUGCGUGUUAAUAUUUGUAAAUAAUAUAGAAGUAAUAAUAUGUAAAUAGAAAAUUUUGAAU